AUGGCCGGCAGCACCCGCCUUGUGUUCGGCAGCACCCGCCUUGUGUUCGGCAGCACCCGCCUUGUGUUCGGCAGCACCCACCUUGUGUUCGGCAGCAUCCGCCUUGUGUUCGGCAGCACUCGCCUUGUGGUCGGCAGCACCCGCCUUGUGUUCGGCAGCAUCCGCCUUGUGUUCGGCAGCACCCGCCUUGCACCAGGAGCCAUGAAAUAUUUCCAUAUCGAGGCUGUAACCUCAUACCACCUGGUGGUGACCCCUUGGGCGGAGACAACCGCUGGUAUAGCAAUCAUCACAGUCAGCGUAUUGCUCGGGGUCGUCCUCAUCUCCGUUACCGUCGUUGUGAUUUGCUACGCCUACAAACGCCGAAAGAGGCCAGUGUCGCCCCAGCGCCCCAGCCACGUGUCCUCGUAUAGGCGUCAGGACAAGAAGCCCAGUAAAGCGUUUGAUAUCGGCUAUCUGAAGAAACAUCCGCCCCCCGCUCUAAUGUCACUUCCGCCUCCUACAUACACGGUGAAGCCCCUGCCUAUGAAGACUGCCGAAGAGGGCAUCACCAGCAUCGACUACACCAACAAAGGCGGCAGGGGCAGGGUGAUCAACAGGGACUUCCGUAGCACAGCUGGGGAUGAAGCUACAGGACGGGUAUACAACUACGACACGAGGACGAACCAGAGACGCUGGAUGAAGACACCCGAAGGGAAACCUGUCCGAGUUACGCAUCACUGACGUUGCCAUGGAGAUGUCAAAUCAGCAAAGUUUCCCUGAAGUAACGGGAUGUGGUACCGGGACACGUGUGGUGAAGCCAAAUGUCUCCCAACCAUGAUGUUGCAGGAUGUUGCCUUGAGAGACAUAAACUCACUCACUCACUCAGACGUGUACGGGAUGUAUCUAAAUAUUUCAAGUUUAUGAUCUGAGGUGGAAAGUAGUCAUGGCUUGUAUGUUACUCCCUUAUUCAUGUAUGAACAGUGUGAACUUUGCGAAUAACCAUAUGUGAUGUAACGCGAGGCACUGCACAUUGCCCAGCCUGGUGUCCAACCAACCGUGUGAUAAUAUCACAAUAUGGAGGUUAUGUAGGCAACACAAGUCAACCUAACCUUAUCUCAUUAUUGUGUUUACAACAAGUAUGUAGAUUAUGAUUAAUUCAUAUAUUAAGAUGCGAUUGAUAAUAUUUUGUUAUCAGUCUCAGAAAUAUGAAAUAUGUAUUUCGGUAUUGACAUAAAGACGUAAACUGUAACAUGUAAUUGUUCGGUGUCAUAUUAAAAAUAGGGAUGUAAUUAUUAUUUUUAUCUUCACGGAAAAUAUCUGAAUAUCAAUGUAUUUGAAUUUACUGAAACGGUGUCAGCUUAUUACGUGAAGUGACGUCUUUGACAAAUGUAAACAAUUGUUUAUGUGUUAUAAAGUGUUAAAGUGAACAGCCAUGAAAUGGUUAAAGAGUUGGAUGAAACGCCCAGGUAUGAACGGGAACUCGUGUAAAUUAAGAUAUACAAAAUUGUUUCUUUGGCUUUGACAAAAAUAUACUGAUCUUUGAGUAUUGAAGGUGCAUAUUUGACAAAAGAUUUAAUUCAUCUACAUCUCAAACUAACAUUCGACGAUUAACCAAGAUGUUGUUCCCUCUCAAGACUCUUCAGGUCUGGGGUUCGAAUCCAUAUUUCGGUCAAAGUUUGAUUCUUGGUUUGUCUGUGGCAUAUUCGCGUUACUAAAACUGUACAGCAAAUCUGGUUUUCAUGUGACAAUAGGCUGACUAAUAUAUCGUUUAAUGCAGUGUUAAACUCAACUCACUAACUCACUGAAAGCGGACCGACAGUGGUAGCCCAUAUAAAAACUCAUAAUUUUUGGAUGGCGAGUCCUGAUGUGAUAAUAUCAUGACUUGGAGGAAUAAUUAGAAUAACGACCGCUUUGAGAAUGUAGUCCUUUGAAGCCCGUCCCUUGAAAGUUGUAAACAAAGCUAAGAACUCACAUACUUAAUGUGGCGUUUUUGUAAAUACAAUGUAUGUGCGUGCGUAUUGCGUGUCUGUGCAUUAAAAGUCAGCCGUUGUGCGAUACAGCAGGAUGACGUCCUUUGUUUGAAUAAAUUGUGUACACUAACGCAGAA